AUCCAUACUCACUCAACCUUAAUCAACAAUAAUGUUGUUAAUCAUCUCUCAUCAACUCUUCACUUCUUCUCUCCUCCCCCUUCUCAUUUUACUACUAACCAUUUUCUCAAAAUGGUACUUCUCCUCUUCAAAAACCCUAAAAAACCCACCACCUUCUCCGUCCAAGCUUCCGGUCAUCGGAAACCUCCACCAACUAGGCUCGAGCCCCCACCGCUCUCUCCGAGCAUUAGCCGAGAAACACGGCCCACUCAUGCUACUUCAUUUCGGCAGCGUGCCUGUGGUCGUCGCCUCCUCGGCCCAUGCCUCUCAUGAAAUCAUGAAAACACACGAUUUAACCUUUGCAAACCGCGCGAAAUCAAGCGUCCCAAGCAUCCUUUCGUACAACGCGAGGGACAUUGCGUUCUCAGACUAUGGAGAGUAUUGGAGACAGAUCAAAAGCAUUGCUGUUCUUCAACUUCUUAGCCCGAAACGAGUUCAAUCGUUUCGUCGCAUGCGAGAAGAAGAAACUGAUCUACUCGUUGAACGAAUUCGAGAGAUCAGUUCUUCUUCUUCCUCUCCAGUUGUUAACUUAAGUGAGUUGUUGAUUUCACUCACUAAUGGUGUGAUAUGUAGGGCUGCAUUGGGGCGGAAACACGGUGGCGAAAAGUUUAAAGAGUUGUUUGCUCAUUUUGUGGAGUUGUUAGGGGUUUUUAGUGUUGGUGAUUAUAUCCCAUGGUUGUCAUGGGUGGAUUGGAUUAAGGGAUGUGAUGUUAGAGCAGUGAAGAUCGCAGCCGAAUUCGAUGCGUUUCUCGAAGGCGUUAUCGCCGAGCAUGUUGACCGGAAGAAACUAGUGUCCGGUGGUGGUGGUGGAGAAGAUGAUGAAGAGAAAGAUUUUGUGGACAUUUUACUGGAAAUUGAGAGUGAUAAGGAUGCUAGUUUUGUUCUUGAAAGAGAUACUGUUAAAGCUCUUAUUUUGGAUGUGUUCACGGGUGGGACCGAUUCAACCUACGCAACUCUUGAAUGGGAACUCAGUGAGUUGAUAAGAAACCCACAUGCAAUGAAAAAACUACAAGAAGAGGUACGCCAAGUAGCCAAAGGCAAACCCAAGAUCACCGAAAACGACUUGGAUCAAAUGCGGUAUCUAAAGGCCGUCGUCAACGAAACAUUCCGAAUGCACAUGCCACUCCCACUUCUCGUUCCUCGCGAAUCCACACAAGAUGUUGAACUAAUGGGCUACAAUAUUGCAGCGGGGACACAAGUUCUAAUCAACGCGUGGGCCGUUGGUAGAGACCCCGCUUUAUGGGACAACCCUGAUGAGUUUCGGCCCGAAAGGUUCUUGGAUAGUCCGGUUGAUUAUAGAGGGCUUCAUUUUGAGUUGACACCGUUUGGUGCGGGUCGAAGAAAAUGCCCUGGAAUCCAGUUUGCAAUGAGUGUUAAUGAACUUGUGUUAGCUAGUUUGGUGCAUAAGUUUGAUUUUGUGUUGCCUGAUGCCCAAAAAGGGGAGGACUUGGACAUGAGUGAGACUAUUGGGAUCACAAUUCAUAAGAAGUUGCCUUUGCUAGUGGUAGCAACUCCACAUGUUUGAAUACUUUGUGGUUAAUUAACACCAUCAAAACUAUGUUUUAAUGUAUAUUAAUUUCCCUCUUCACUUGCUUACUAGUAUAUCGGAUUUGUCGAUAA